AUGUCUACUUUACCUUCUUCUUCGUCGUCUCAAACAUCACAUCAUACAUCAUCUGCUAAGCACACUGAUCUUCGUCUUUUAACACAAACAUCCUCCUCGUCUUCUUCUUCUCCAAGAAAUCCAUCAACUUCAAUUCCACAAUCAACUGAUCCAUCAGGUCCACUUACACCAGAUGCAACACAUUUGGUUAAUCCAUUUGCUGCAUUAGCUGCAGUAAAUAUUCCUUCAUUGCCUUCUGUACGUAUUAUCGGUGAAUACGAAUUUAGUGAAACAAAAUUCGAUGAUUUUAAAUGUGCCCGCCAUAUUCCAACUGGUGAAGCAUUAUUAUAUAAAGAAUUUUCACUUGAAAUUGUUCGUCAACGUCUUGAACCUUAUCAACGUCUUAUAACAAUUCUUCAAUUAUCAAAUACAAAUUCACAAUUAACAUUAGAGCAACUAGCACAUAAAUAUCAUAUUCAUUUUUUUCGUGAUAUUAUAUCACUUGAUCGAACAGCUAUUGUUUUAUAUCCAAAUUAUACAAAUAAUCUUCAUCAAUAUAUAACAGAAAAACAUCGUUUAAAUGAAAAUGAAUCCCGAAAUUUAUUUUCACAAAUUGUACGUGCUGUACAAAUAUGUCAUCGUGUUGGUUUAAUUGUACGUGAUUUAAAAUUACGAAAAAUUAUAUUUAAUGAUAAUAUACAUACACAUUUAUUAUUAACUGGAAUUGAUGAAUCUAUUAUGUUAUCAACUCCAACAACAACAGAUGAUCAUGUAUCUUCACGUUUUUCUUGUCCGGUUUAUGCUUGUCCAGAAAUUGUUCUUAAUAGACAAAUGUAUUCAGGCAAAAUGGCUGAUUCAUGGAGUUUAGGAAUUAUUUUAUAUACAAUGCUUUUUGGUCGAUAUCCAUUUUGUGAUCGAACUUUAGUUGGGUUGUUUAUAAAAAUCGGACGAUGUCGUCCUGAUAUACCUCGAACAAUAUCAUUAAAAGCACGUUCAUUACUUCGAUCCUUGAUUCGUGUUAAACCAGAUGAACGUCUUUUGACACAAGAUAUACUUGGACAUGUCUGGUUUGGUGGUGAUAGAAGUGCAUCAACAUUAUCAAUGAGUACAUCAAUAACAAAUUCAAUAAUAAAUGAAGAUUUAGUUUUAUCCAAUAAUACUAAUUGUAUAAAUAAUAAUAAUAUUAAUGAUAUGACUACUAAAGAAGAUGCUGUUGUACCUAAUUUUGAAUGUGAAUAG